CCUGAACCAGUUGACAGCCAGGAAACCUCUGCUAGUCCUUCCAAAGAGAUUGCAAACAAGAAGAUGGCAUGAUUUUUGCAAACCUGGAAAGUCUAAAGAUUGCAAUAAUUGUUGGACCAAAGGGACCCUCUUCAGGCAUAAAUAGCAAGACUCCUACUGUCUUCUCUUGCAGACCAACUCAGCUGCCAGCAAAAGCAGGUGCUCUCCCACUACCAGUGCUCCAGAGGAAGUGGAAGGGAAUGGAAAACCUGAUGUUUGUCUACUGCUCCUGUAAAGUUAUCUGGACAGUACUUGUAACUAUACUAGGUUAUGCCAGCAGCUUGCCUGUGGGGGAUGAUUCUAUUUGCACAGCAGAGGAACUUGCUAAGUACAGGAUAAUCUUCAUAGGGAAAUGGAGUCAGACUGCUUUCCCUAAGCAGUAUCCACUCUACAGGCCCCCAGCACAGUGGUCAUCCCUGCUAGGUGUUACUCAUAGUCCUGACUACAGCAUGUGGAAAAAAAAUGAAUAUGCCAGCAAUGGUGUACGUGAUUUUGCUGAAAAGGGUGAAGCAUGGGCAUUAAUGAAAGAAAUAGAAGAAGCUGGAGAGAAAAUUCAGAGCGUACAUGGAAUCUUCUCUGCUCCUGCAAUUACCAGUGGCACAGGACAAACCUCUACUGAAUUAGAAGUGCAUCCAAGACAUCCCUUAGUUUCAUUUGUUGUACGAAUUGUUCCAAGCCCUGACUGGUUUGUGGGUAUUGACAGCCUAAAUCUCUGUGAAGGAGACCGCUGGAUGGAUGAAGUGUCAGUAGAUCUAUAUCCAUAUGAUGCUGGAACUGAUAGUGGUUUCACAUUUUCCUCCCCAAACUUUGCCACUAUUCCACAGGAGACAGUUCAAGAGAUCACUUGCUCCUCUCCAAGUCACCCAGCAAACUCAUUUUAUUAUCCAAAACUCAAAAUUUUGCCACCUAUUGCUCAAGUAACAAUGGUGAAAUUAAAGAAAAGCCAGCUGGGUCUUUCUGCACCUUAUAUUAAUCUUCCAGCCAAAAGCAAUGAAAUAAUAGACUCUGUCUCAGAAACACCCCUGGACUGUGAGGUUUCUCAAUGGUCUUCCUGGGGUCUCUGCAGAGGCGUUUGCAGAGAAACAGGGACCAAGAUCAGAACUCGUUUUGUGCUUCUUCAGCCUGCCAAUAAUGGAAUGCCUUGCCCAAACCUGGAUGAAGAGACACCAUGUGAACCAGAAAACUGUGUCUGAAAUAAAGAAAAGAUAAUAACUUAGCUAAUUUAAAAGUAGGAUAAGUUUAAAUCUAAACUACAUGUCAAUCAGUGUUCUUUAGAAUUUGGAUAUGCUGCACUAUUUUGAUGAAAAGGUGUAUAAGAGUGGUUUUGAAAGUUUCUAUUUAAUGUCAACAUUUUAGGGGGUUAAAUUUCUUAGUAUGACAACAGUACUCGAUCACUUACAGACCAAAAACCCCCAAAUAAAUCCUUCCUACAAUACACUGUAAGUUCUUGGAGUACCCUCUAGUGGCAGAAAAGAAGACAUUUGGAUACGUACUUCACAUGAAUAAAAAUCAAUCACAUCUAAACUAAUAGCCUUCUUAAAUACUGUAAUUUGAUUAUCUACAGAUAUUUAUACCUAGAAAUUAAUUUUUUCAUCUAAAUUAUGUUUUUAUAAUUUAUUGGCAUUUUUCUUGUCUUUCUAAAUAUGCUUAACAUGCAUUUCUUCAGAAACUACUUACAUAAGUCAGAGUGACCAGAUGUUUGCAGCGUGGUUAAGACAAUAGUGGAAGUGAGUAAACUUGUCUUGAGACUUACGAAUAUAUGAAAAUGUCUUUUUCUUUUUUUUUUUUUCUCAAAAGCGAGAAGAAUAACUGCCAUGAGGACACUCAGCCAACAAAAUUACUAGAAAAAUAUAGAAGCGUGGAUACUACUAGAAAACUUCUGAACUGAAUUAAAUGUGUUAGUUGAGAUUCAAAAACUGAUUGUUGGUGUGUGUCACUCAUGAGACAACUAUCUCAAAAAUGAAUGCUGUUGACCAUAACAUAAAUUAUAUCAUUACCUUUAUAUAUGCAGCAAAUAUUGUCCAUGUUUCU